AUGGAUGCCAGGACAGUAGGUGCGGUGGUGGGCACGAGCGCCAUGGCAACAAGCACGGGUGCCGAGGUAGAGGCAGCGGGCGUCAAGGUAGGCGUCGAGCUCGGUGUAGGUGUCGAGGCAUCAGGCAUGGGCAUCGAGGUGGUUGGCGGGGGCACCAGGGCUGGCGUGGGUGUUGAGGCGUGGGCGCUUGGGGCACCGUGGCAGGCACUGACACAUGGGCAGGUGCAUGAGUAG